UCUAACAGAAAGAGGUAGAGGAGAGGAGAGCAAAAUAGUUGUUUUCUAUCUCCGUGUGGCUCACACUGAGAGUUGUCUCACCAAAAGAGCGGGAAUAUUUUAUUUAUUUUUCUUCUGUUCAUGUUAUCACCACUGAUCAUACAGAAUAAAAACCUUGUUAAACUGGGGUUUUCUUCAAUCUGAACUCAACUGUAAAACAGAUUUAAUCUCAGACUGAUUCUUCUUGUGGGACUAGUUUUAUUAGGAUCCUACUAGUUGUCAUAAUACCAGUCUGUCUCUGAGAUGGGGUCCAGAACUCUUCUACUUGUUCUGGGUCUUCAUUUCACUCUUCUGGGGAACCUAGAGGCCAUAGAUUGCGACCCGGGCUUCACAGCCAAAGGGAGACUGUGUGAUGAUAUAGAUGAGUGUAAAGAGUGGGACAGUACCCCACCCUGUGGAAGUAAUGCCACAUGUUACAACACACAUGGGAGCUUCUACUGUCAGUGUCUACCUGGGUUCAAAUCCACAACGACUGUCAACUUUACUGCUCUCACUGGGGAGUGUAACGAUCUCAAUGAGUGCCAGAAGACACCACAGGUUUGUGGCAGCAACGCUUCUUGCCUCAACACCAUCGGGAGCUACAACUGCCAGUGUCAACCUGGGUUCAGAUCCACAACGCCUGUCAACUAUACUGCUCUCACUGGGGAGUGUAAGGACAUGGAUGAGUGUAAGGACCAGACUGCUGAUUGCCCCAACAACUCAUCCUGUGUGAACACCCCAGGGUCCUACACCUGCAUCUGCCAGUCUGGGUACAAACUAACAGAGAGCAGGUGUGAGGACAUAGAUGAGUGUAAUGUAACUGCUGGUAUCUGUGGAGAGGGAGGGACCUGUCAGAACCAGGAAGGAAGCUACAGUUGCCUCUGUCUACCUGGAUACAGUAAUUAUGGCAACAAACAGGCGAGGUGCUCAGUACUGACAUGUGACCAGUUUAAAGGGGAUGAGACUCCUGGACAGAAUGUCCCAGGUUUAGCUGGUCUCCUGUCUCUGAUGAGGAACAGCUGUCUGGCGUUAAGUAACUCUGGGGAAGCAGCCAGAGGGAGAAUGACUGGAGAGAUGUUACUGGAGAAUGUCUUCACGCAGAUAGACAGUUUCCUGUCUCAAGGUAUCCUAAGCAACAGCCGUGAGGUGAGUAGGUUGCUCGGCGCUGUGGAGGACGCCAUGAAGCUCAUAGCGCCGCAGCUCAGAAAUAACCACACCACCAUGGAAACAGACCACACAGAGGCUGAGAUUGCAUUGAGGAGGGGACAGACUCCGCCAAUUGGGCCAAUCAGCCUGGCCAAUGACAACGCUCGACUGGACACCAGCUGGGAGACAGCCACCGGCAACGGGACGUACCCAGGUUUCGCUCUGGCUGGGUUGGUGUGUUACAAGACAGUGGAGAGAUAUGUCAACGACUCCUUCCAGUACCUCACAGACACAGACACAGACACAGACACAGACACAGACACAGCAACCGCCACAGCAUCAAAGCCUAACUACCAGAUCAGUUCCAAGGUGGUAACAGCUUUUGUCAGUAACCCAGCAACAGACCAACUCACCCAGCCUGUCAUCCUCACCUUCAAACAUCUACAGGUGAGGGCAGAGUCAUCAGAAAUGAACUAUACCUGUGUGUUCUGGCGUGUCCAUGAAGAGGGAGGGGCGUGGUCAAGUCAUGGCUGUACCAAAGUCACAUCUAACGCUACACACACCGUGUGUUCCUGUUCCCACCUUAGCAGCUUUGCUGUUCUCAUGGCCCUCUACCCUGUAAAGGAUACAUUUGAGCUGCGUCUGUUGACGUGGCUGGGUCUGUCGGUGUCUGUGGUGUGUCUGUUGCUGUGCAUCCUGACAUUCUGGCUGUGUCGGUCCAUCCAGGGGACACGCACCACCAUCCACCUCCACCUCUGUGUCUGCCUCUUCAUCGCUGACCUCGUCUUCCUCAGCGGUAUCUCUCACACACAGAGCAAGGGAGGAUGUGGGUUUGUAGCAGGUCUCCUCCACCUAUUCUUCCUAGGAUCCUUCAGUUGGAUGUUGUUAGAGGGGGUUCAGCUCUACCUCAUGGUGGUCCUGGUCUUCAACACUACCAUAAGACCUCUGUACCUGCAUGCUGUGGGAUAUGGACUGCCACUGACUAUAGUCAUCAUCUCUGCUAUCACCUACCCAGAUGGAUAUGGUACCACACAACACUGUUGGUUGUCUCUGGAGAGAGGAUUCAUCUGGAGUUUCUUCGGCCCAGUGUGCACCAUCAUCUUCCUCAACGCAUUCAUCUUCAUCAUCACUGUCUGGAGGCUGGCCCAGAAGUUCUCUAGUCUCAACCCUGACCUCUCCAACCUACACAAGAUCAAGGUGUUCACAGUGACAGCAGUGGCCCAGCUGUGUGUGUUGGGUACUAUGUGGAUAUUUGGAGUGUUCCAGUUCCAAGAGGAGGGGACAGUGGUCAUGACAUAUCUCUUCACUAUCCUCAACUCUCUACAGGGAGCACUGCUGUUCAUCAUGCACUGCCUACUGAACAAAACGGUUAGAGAGGAGUAUUGCAAGCUGCUGUCCUGUAUCUGCACACCACAGAAGAAGAGAGACUCAGAUUUCAGCACUAACAACCCUUCCUCCAGCCAAUCCCAGGGGUCAAGGCGUACCCAGGACACAGGGGAGUUGCAGACAUGAUGACAUCACCAAUCCCCCAUAAUGCACGUCUUUACUCCCCCUCCCUUUUCAGGCCUGGUCAGUAGAAAAUGUGCCCUACGAGCCCGGCUGGUUAGUAAAAAUGUGCCCUAUCUAUAACCUUAACGGGUUCUUCGGCUGUCCCGGUAGGAGAACUCUUUCAAUAACCCUUUUUGGUUCCAUGUAGAAACCUUUUUUGGAUUCCAUCUAGUUGCCUUUCCACAGAGGGUUCUUCCUUCAACCAAAAAAAGUUCUACCUGAAACCAAAAGGUGCUUCUAUGCGGACAGCAGAAAACCCCUUUAGGAACCCCAUUGUCUAAGCGUGUACUAGCCCAGCUGGUCAACAGAAAAACCCUUUAGGAACCCCCUUAUCUAAGCGUGUACUAGCCCAGCUGGUCAACAGAAAACCCCUUUAGGAACCCCCUUGUCUAAGCGUGUACUUAGCCCAGCUGGUCAGCAGAAAACCCCUUUAGGAACCCCCUUAUCUAAGCGUGUACUAGCCCAGCUGGUCAGCAGAAAACCCCUUUAGGAACCCCCUUGUCUAAACGUGUACUUAGCCCAGCUGGUCAGCAGAAAAACCCCUUUAGGAACCCCCUUGUCUAAACGUGUACUAGCCCAGCUGGUCAGCAGAAAAACCUCUUUAGGAACCCCCUUGUCUAAACGUGUACUUAGCCCAGCUGGUCAGCAGAAAACCCCUUUAGGAACCCCCUUGUCUAAACGUGUACUAGCCCAGCUGGUCAGCAGAAAAACCUCUUUAGGAACCCCUUGUCUAAGCGUGUACUAGCCCAGCUGGUCAGCAGAAAACCCCUUUAGGAACUCCUUGUCUAAGCGUGUACUUAGCCCAGCUGGUUAGCAGAAAACCCCUUUAGGAACCCCCUUGUCAAAGCGUGUACUAGCCCAGCUGGUCAGCAGAAAACCCCUUUAGGAAACCCCUUGUCUAAGCGUGUACUUAGCCCAGCUGGUCAGCAGAAAAACCCUUUAGGAACCCCCUUGUCUAAGCGUGUACUAGCCCAGCUGGUCAGCAGAAAAACCCUUUAGGAACCCCCUUGUCUAAGCGUGUACUAGCCCAGCUGGUCAGCAGAAAACCCCUUUAGGAACCCCCUUGUCUAAGCGUGUACUAGCCCAGCUGGUCAGCAGAAAAUGUGUCUUAAAUGUGUCUUAGCCCCAGUGAUCUGUGCUCGGACUCCUUCAAUUCCUCCUCUGAUUAGACACUUCAUAUCAAACGUGAUGUUAACCACUGUCUUAUCAAGCGUUACGUUAUCCAAUCAGAAGUUAAAUGAUCUUCAUGCCAUCCAAUAGGAAUCCAUAUAAUCUUUGCCAUCCAAUAGGACUCCAUAUUCUCUUUAUGUCAUCCAAUAGGAUAAGGGGGAGUAGGAAGUGGCAAUGAUGCAAUGAUGUCACAGUAGUUUCAUUUUCACCGACGUAACAUUUACAUUUCAGUCAUUAAGCAGAUGUUCAUAUGCAGAGCAUCUUACAGACAGAAAAGAAAGAAGGACCAUAUGGUGUUUAUGUCAUCCAAUCAGAAUAUAUAUGAUCUUAAUGUCAUCCAAUAGUAAUCCAUUUGAUCUUAUGUCAUCCAAUCAGAAGUUAUAUCCUCUUUAUGUCCUUUUUACAGCCACACAAGAUCAGUACUAUUUUAGUACUUUUAUAAACGCUUACAAACAUAUAUUUUUUUAUAGUUCAUAAAUUGUUUGUUAAAAUGCUUAUUCGUUAUAGUUAUUAUGAAGUGGUACCAUAGCAACCUCUAUCAGGGCCUUCAUGGACCCCAACAAUCUGAAGGGACACAGAGGAUGAGAGGAUGGAUGGAUGGUGGGUGGUCCAGAAGGGGAUGAGAGGAUGGCGCGUGGUCCAGAAGGGGAUGAGAGGAUGGCUGGUGGUCCGGAAGGGGAUGAGAGGAUGGAUGGUGGUCCAGAAGGGGAUGAGAGGAUGGCGGGUGGUCCAGAAGGGGAUGAAAGGAUGGCUGGUGGUCCGGAAGGGGAUGAGAGGAUGGAUGGAUGGUGGGUGGUCCAGAAGGGGAUGAGAGGAUGGAUGGUGGUCCAGAAGGGGAUGAGAGGAUGGCGGGUGGUCCAGAAGGGGAUGAGAGGAUGGCUGGUGGUCCGGAAGGGGAUGAGAGGAUGGAUGGAUGGAUGGUGGUCCAGAAGGGGAUGAGAGGAUGGCUGGUGGUCCGGAAGGGGAUGAGAGGAUGGCUGGUGGGUGGUCCAGAAGGGGAUGAGAGGAUGGCUGGUGGUCCGGAAGGGGAUGAGAGGAUGGCUGGUGGUCCAGAAGGGGAUGAGAGGAUGGCUGGUGGUCCGGAAGGGGAUGAGAGGAUGGCUGGUGGGUGGUGGGUGGUCCAGAAGGGGAUGAGAGGAUGGAUGGUGGGUGGUCCAAAAGGGGACUAGUUGAAUCAUUUAGAAUUUUUCAAAGACCUCAAAAAGCUUUUUCCUGCAAUCUAGAGCCAAAACCAUUAUGUUUAAUUCUAUGUCAAAUAUAUAUAUAUAUUUAUUUCUGCAUGUCUAAGUUUAUCUCUUGAGAUGUCUGUACCCUCCUGACUGGUGGUUACUUUUUUAAAGAAAUCUCUUUUUAAAAUCUGGCUAAAAUAUUUAAUGGAAUAUGAGCCUGAUUCAAUACAUUUAGUUAUUGCUUUCUUUUCCAAAGUCUGCCAACUUUGCCAGCAGGCAUGUCAGCUAAGAUAGUUACCAACCUGGAUAAGCCCCUGUGUCCCCUAUGGGCAUGAUGCCUCUGACCUCUAUGCAUAUAAUGAGAUAAUAUAAGAGUCUUUGAGUAGAACAUGGCUUCAUCAAUCACACUGCUUUUGUCCAAAAACAGUGUUUAUCGACAGGUUUUUCCCAGAAAUCCCAGUUGAAAGAUUCCCGGAAUCAGGAAGAAAUAAGCAGGAAUUCUCCAAUCGGGAUUUUGGGGAAAACCUGGUCAUUUGUUUGAAAGGUUAAAGACAAUGUGAUACCCUGUGGGCAUUUUCCUGGACACAUGAAGGUUAGUUUACUUCUGACCAACUGAACCCGGGUCCAGCGACUAUGAACCCAACACCUUAGUUGUUACGCCAAGAGAUCCCAACCUCCUGACGAGGUUGUUAGGUGUUGGGUGAAGGUCGCUAGGUGUUGGGUGAAGGUCGCUAGGUGUUGGGUGAAGGUCACUAGGUGUGGGGUGAAGGUCGCUAGGUGUGGGGUGUAGGUCGCUAGGUGUUGGGUGAAGGUCGCUAGGUGUUGGGUGUAGGUCGCUAGGUGUUGGGUGAAGGUCGCUAGGUGUUGGGUGAAGGUCGCUAGGUGUUGGGUGAAGGUCGCUAGGUGUUGGGUGAAGGUCGCUAGGUGUUGGGUGUAGGUCGCUAGGUGUUGGGUGAAGGUCGCUAGGUGUGGGGUGAAGGUCGCUAGGUGUGGGGUGUAGGUCGCUAGGUGUUGGGUGAAGGUCGCUAGGUGUUGGGUGAAGGUCGCUAGGUGUUGGGUGAAGGUCGCUAGGUGUUGGGUGAAGGUCGCUACAAAAGAUAAUAUUAUAAUAUCAUGAAUAAAGUGGUAGAGGUCCUUAGGUACAGAUCUAGGAUCAGAAUACAGUAAUGUACUGUACAGUUCUGCCAUGGUAGAGGUCCUUAGGCACAGAUCUAAGGUUCAUCAAAUUAUUAUUUUUUUUAAAUUUUAAAUUAGUGAUUUAUAUUUAUUUAUAGCCAUUGAUUCUUGAAGAUUAUGACUUAUAACUGCCUAAUAAGUUAAGUUGAACUGUUCAAGUUCAACAUCACAACCCGAAAUAUAAACUUGUGUUAAUCCAUUGUUUGUAAACAAUGUCACAUGGUUAAAAAAACAUCAUUUUGAGCUCACGGAUGUUCUUGCAUCCACAGCUCAGUCUAUUGUUUGAAAGUGGUCACAUCCUCAGCUGAUAACCAAAACAAGUGGUGGGUGGGUGGGGGGCCUUUAAGGUUCCACCCUACUACUUGGUCUAAGCGAAAUCAUCCAGAUACUCAGCUGUCUUCAAGAAAUUGUCAAAACAAUGUCUGCAAUCAAUAUUUAUUUUUAAUUCUAUUAUUUUGCACUUUCACUUCAACAAUCGGUUUGGUUUAGUUUAUUUUUUUAAUGAAUGUGUAUUAUAUGAAAAAUUAUUCAAAGCGACUGUGAAUUUCUUUAGAAUGUAUAAUUUUUAUGUUAUUCUAUGAGCAGAGUUCUGAAUGUAAGCACUUAUUGUUGUACUUGACUGCGGGAGUCUGUAUGGCUGGGGGGGGGGGGUCUGUGUGGGGUCUGUGUGGGUGGGGAUCUGUGUGGGUGUGUCAGUGGGUGGGUGCGCUUUUGGUAUAUCUGUAAUGUUAUCUACAAUUAAAUUCUUGUUACAAAGAA